AUGGCGGUACCAACUAGUCGUCCUAAAUUGCGAACCACAUUCAAGAAUGCGCGUAAAAUCUCUCCUCUUUAUACGUCUGGGCCUGUUGCGGUGACUUCGGAUGGGCAGAAAAUUGUGACUUGUGUCGGGGAAGAAAUUUUGCUAACAGAUGUGACUUCCGGCGCUGAAAUAUGUCGGUUUUUGGGUGACACCCAAGCCAUUAGUUCUCUCUGUAUAACACCAUCAUCAAGCCAUCUGUUAGUCUUUACUUCCUCCCUUUCACUUCGCAUAUUCGAACUCCCAAAAUCUAUCAAACCAUCUUCUCAUUCGAUAUCGCCCGUCCGCGUUGUUGCCCGUGCACACGAUGCUCCAAUUCACGUUUGCGAAUCCGACCCAACUUCUACAUAUCUUGCCUCAGGCUCAGCAGACGGCGUGGUGAAGGUCUGGGAUAUCUUACGUGGGUUCAUCACUCAUGUCUUCAAGGGCCACGGCGGUGUCGUCAGUGCUCUCAAAUUCAACUAUCCUCAACAUUCGGAUUCAUUGAGACAGCAAAACUCGAUGCAGUUGGUAACCGCUUCAGUCGAUACUCGCAUCAGGAUAUUCGAGCUCAGCCAGAACAGAAUUGGGGGGCUCAAGCCUAUUUCUGUUUUAGAAGGACAUUCUUCAGUCCCUCGAGGCUUGGACGUUUCGUCUGACGGCCGUUGGUUGGUCAGCGGAGGACGAGAUUCUGUGGUUCUCGUAUGGGAUCUAUCUCCUCUUUCUAGCGCAAGCACAACAGAGUCGAGUAAAAAAGGAAAAAAUAAAGCUUCCGUUCCCAAGUUGGUCAAAACCCUUCCCAUUCUUGAGCGCGUCGAAGCAUUGGGGUUGUUACUCUCAGAUGAGGAAUCGUCUUCGUCCGCCGUAGGUUUAAAUGACUUGAGAUUUUUCACCGGAGGAGAAUCAGGGUUAAUCAAAAUUUGGGAAGCGAAAGAGGGUACUACUCUUUUCAGUCUUGGUGAUGAACAAACAAGAAUAUCAGAUGAUUCCGAAGAGCAACGACAGAUUGUACAAGGAAUCUAUCUUCCACAGACAUCAACCGUAGUAUCGGUUCAUGCAGAUCAGAACAUCCUCUUCCAUUCCCUUUCCACUCGUCAACUUUCCCGCCAAUUAAUCGGUUUCAAUGAUGAAAUCGUCGAUGUCACUUUCCUAUCCCCCGCUCUAGCUUCGUCAUCUCAAGGUCUUCGCGACACGCAUCUUGCACUGGCAACAAAUUCAUCUCUGAUAAGGGUCUACUCUUCGAAAACCCUUGAUGCUCGAUUACUCGAAGGGCACACCGAUAUCGUCUUGGCUCUCGAUCAUGGUGCAGACGGGCGAGUGCUUGCCAGCGGAAGUAAAGACCGCUCUGCAAGAAUAUGGGCACCCAAUCUCUCCACGGAUGAAGAUUCUGAUUGGGGGUACCACUGUGUCGCAAUAUGUGAAGGGCACGGCGAAAGCGUAGGAGCCGUAGCCAUGUCCCGCAAAGCUUCCGUCGACGGGAACGGAACUCCGUCUCCUGCUUUCAUGUUUACUGGAAGCCAGGACCGUACAAUAAAAAUGUGGGAUCUCUCCGAAAUCGAUUUUUACUCCCAGGCACAUGACGGUGAUCCAAGUCGAUGUAAAAGCUUAAUGACAUUGAAGGCUCACGACAAAGAUAUCAAUUCGCUUGACGUCGCCCCCAAUGAUCGUUUACUUGUGUCUGGUUCCCAAGAUCGCACUGCCAAAAUAUAUUCAAUCAGUUACAACAAUAGCUCACAAAAGUCCGUCUCUGGAACCAUAACGUUGCUCGGCGUGUGCAAGGGACAUAAACGAGGGGUCUGGACUGUGCGUUUUGGGAAGGAAGAACGUGUAUUGGCUACCGGAAGCGGAGACAAGACGGUGAAGUUGUGGAAUAUAGAUGACUUCUCAUGUGUGAAGACAUUCGAGGGACACACCAAUUCGGUUCUUCGGGUAGAGUUUCUGAAUGCUGGGAUGCAAAUGGUGAGCUCGGCCUCCGAUGGCCUAGUAAAAAUAUGGAAUGUUCGAGAGGAAGAGUGCACGGCGACGUUGGAUAAUCACGAAGACAAGGUUUGGGCUCUUGCUAUCAGCGCGGAUGAAAAGACCAUUAUAUCCGGAGCAGCUGACUCUGUCGUAACGUUCUGGGAAGAUUGCACUGAAGAACAAGAGCAGGAGAAGGAACUUGAACGGGAAGAGAUGGUUCUGAAGGAGCAAGAUUACCACAACUACCUGUCCCUGAAUGACUACCGUAAAGCCAUCCAGCUUGCUUUGGCCAUGCAACAGCCUGGACGACUUCUUUCGCUGUUCCGAGACAUUGGCUCACACGAUCCGGAAUCCCUGUCAUUAUCUGGCGAUCCAGCUGUCGACGAGGUCCUGCGAACUCUUUCUGGGUCUGAUCUCACUCGCUUGUUACGGUACACACGCGAUUGGAAUGCAAAUGCGAAAACCAGCGAGGUAGCACAGAGAGUUCUGUUUGCGAUAUUCAAACUGCGUACGGCCGAAGACGUUAUGAAAACGUUCACAGACGAAGUAGUCGAACUUUCGCUAGUGAGUGGGGAGUUGGCGGAUUCUUCUGCGAACAUCAAGAGCGGGAAUGCGUUAAAGGAAUUGAUUGACUCGCUCGUACCGUAUACGGAACGGCAUCUGACGAGAAUGGACAAACUGUUACAGGAGAGUUAUACGGUGGAUUAUAUUCUAGGAGAGAUGGACAACGUCAUGUUCGAUGAUGACGGGGAUCUGGAUAUGAGUUAA